AUGUCUCCACGUCAUUUAGUUAAUAUCCACGAAUUGUCAGAUGAUGAAUUCAUCUCCUUGGUAGAUCAAGCUGCUUAUUUUAAGUCACAAUAUAAAUCAAAUCAGAAUAAUAAAAAUCACCAUGAAAAACUUUUGGGUAAGUUGAUUGCUUUAUUGUUCUCUAAAAGAUCUACUAGAACAAGAAUAAGCACUGAAGGUGCUGCUGCUUUUUUCGGUGCUCAUCCUAUGUUUUUAGGUAGAGAUGAUAUUCAAUUGGGUAAAAAUGAAUCGUUAUAUGAUACUACUAAAGUUAUUUCUUCAAUGACUUCGUGUAUAUUCGCCAGGGUUGAUUCAAAUGAAGACAUAUUACAAUUGGCAGAGCAUUCUUCUGUGCCUAUAAUAAACUCUUUAUGUGAUUUGUAUCAUCCUUUACAAGCCAUAACCGAUUUAUUAACUAUAAAAGAAUCUUUCAAUGGUAAAACUCAAGGAUUGAAAUUGGCCUGGAUUGGUGAUUCAAAUAAUGUCAUUAAUGAUUUAGCCAUUGCUGCUUUGAAAAUGGGUAUCAACGUUUCCAUAUGCAUACCAGAUUCAAUUGAAUUCAACUCAUUGAUAAUCUCAAAGGCUAACGAAGUAUGUCAAAGAAAUAAUACUACUUUCGAAAUUGUUCAUAAUCCACUUCAAGCAUUAAAUAAUUCAAAUAUUAUUGUUACUGAUACUUGGAUUUCUAUGGGUCAAGAACUGGAAAAGCAACAAAAAUUAAAACAAUUUGAAGGUUAUCAAAUCACUAAUGAUCUCUUAUUAAAGGGUAAGGUUAAUGACAAUUGGAAAUUCAUGCAUUGUUUACCAAGACAUAAAGAAGAAGUAUCUGAUGAAGUUUUCUACUCUUCCAAUUCUGUUGUUUUCGAAGAGGCUGAAAAUAGAUUAUACACUGCAAUGGCAGUAAUUAAUGCAUUUGUUAUAAAUAAUGGUGAUUUACUUAAAAAAAAUUAA